CACCAUCGCCGCCGCCACCCACCCCCGCCCACAGCCCAAUGGCUGCCCAACGACGCGCGGAGAAGAGAAGGAAGGGUAGGGGGGCUCAGAUGAGCCCCCCUCAGGUGCGUUUUUCCAUUCAAACACAAGAAUCGGUUGCUAAUGAAAAUUUUAAGCGCUGCUCGCCAACGCCAGCAGCGCUUCGCCUGGCCGUCCGCCGCCCCCCUCGUCUCUCCCAAGCGCCACCUCACCCCACACGCACCUCCUAGCUACCACGUAGCGCGGAUCCCCCGCCCUCAACGUCCCCCGCCCUCAACGUCCCCCGCCCUCAAUGCCCCCCUCCCCUCUAUCGCGGCGGUUGCCAUGCGUCAACCCCCCAGCCAACCCCAUUCCCCAGAGCCACCGCAUGCGCAGCGCACUCUGCGCGGCGGCGGCUCGCUUCUUCUCUACCUCCGCCCGGUACCGCCCCCCACGCAGAGCGCGCCGCCAAUGCCUUCCGGCAUUGCGGCUUCGCUUCGCGCGUGAAUACGCGGUAUCGCGGCCCACAUCCCCUCCCCUUCCUCCCUUUGACAUCGUCAAAGGUCAGAUGGCAGGGGAGCCGGUGGUGAUGGGGAAGGGAGGGGGUGGGCCGUACGCGUCCCUGCGAGGGUCCGCGUGCGCCCUCUCGUGGUCCUGCCGUACACGCAAGCGUACGGCCGCGCUAUGAGAGGGGGUUGCGUCUGGCCGUCGACGCACGAACUGCAGGCGACGAGGAGCCACGAGAGCAGCCACCCCACCACCCCCUACCGCUUCCCCCCUAUCCGUCCCCGCCCUCGCUCGCGUACGCGCAGGGAGUGUGCGGGUAUAUUGAUACCUCCCCCCUACUACUCCCCUCCCCCCCCC